AUGACCAUUUUUCUCACAGACCACCUUUUCCCUUCCUUUGAGGUUUUUGCUGACUUUUCUCCCUUCUCUCCCAUCAGACUCUUCAGAAAAUUGUCGAAGAAGAUCCUCCAUCUUUGCUCCCUUGCUCCAUCUUUGAUCGCGUCCUCACAAAGAUCCUCCCUUUGCUUCCGCCUCCAGCGUACAAUGUCCCAACUAUUAGAAGAAAUUUCAUCACGUUCUGGAAGCACCGAUUGCAGUGCAAAAGAAUCUGCACAGCUGCCUCCUCUAAUCUGCACAGUUGAUAAGUUUAAUGUCUGGAAGAGAUCAAGUGACUUAAAUGAUCACCUUGUGCAAGAGAUAAUUAAAUUAUGCAGAAAUUAUACGAGGAGAAAUUUAGAAAUAAGUCGAAGGAGCAUCAGAACCUAAUCACAAGGGUUAAAGACCGAACUUUUCGCUCUUUGACAAGGAUUAAAAACAGAAGUUGACACUGGAAAUUAGUAUGUGCUGUGCUAUUAUUACUUCCUUGAUGAAUAGUUUGCUGCGAAUUUGUGAGAAACUGUAAGAAUUCAAAUUUGUUAUCUAUAUAUCUUGCUUAUUGGACGCUGAUCACAUUGGUUUUUCUAUGUUGUUUGCAGGUUCUCAUGGCAAAAAAAGCUAAGCAAAUGAAAGCAAGUGUAAAGCAAGUGUAAAGCCCACAAAAUGAAAAAAUAAAAUGAUGCACUUUCUGAUUGUUGUUUUAUUUUACGAGUGUGCUUAUAAUGUUCAAUACUUUAAAUUUUAGUAUUUGUAUGGUUUUGCAAUGAAUCAAUGAAUAUGUUCAAGUA